AGCAGCUGGAAGUGGACGAGGCCCUCCUCGCUGGGAUGCCGGCGCCCGUGCUCUGCGCGAGUUGCGGGUCCCGGCGCGCCGCGCUCCGCCGCCCUAAGACGGGCCAGGCGCUGUGCCGGGAGUGCUUCGUGGCGGCCUUCGAGGCGGAGGUGCACGGCACCGUGGUGUCGGCGCGGCUCUUCCAGCCGGGCGAGACGGUGGCCAUCGGGGCGUCGGGGGGCAAGGACUCCACGGUGCUGGCGCACGUGCUGCGGCUGCUCAACGAGCGCCACGGCUACGGGCUACGCCUGCUGCUGCUCUCCGUGGACGAGGGCAUCGCCGGCUACCGGGACGACUCGCUGGCCGCCGUGCGCCGCAACCAGGGCCGCCUGGGGCUGCCGCUGCACGUGGUCUCCUACCAGGAGCUCUACGGCUGGAGCAUGGACCGCAUCGUCCGUCACGUCGGCCUCAAGAACAACUGCACCUUCUGCGGGGUCUUCCGGCGGCAGGCGCUGGACCGAGGCGCCGCCUUGCUCGGGGCUGACAAGAUCGCCACAGGUCAUAACGCAGAUGACAUCGCUGAGACGGUGCUGAUGAACUUCCUGCGGGGGGACGUUGGGCGCCUCCGGCGCUGCGCGGACAUACUGACGGGAAGCGAGGGGCAGCUGCCGCGCUGCAAGCCGCUGAAGCACGCCUAUGAGAAGGAGAUUGUGCUUUACGCUUACUUCCAAGGCUUGGACUACUUCAGCACCGAGUGCGUGUACUCCCCCAAUGCCUACCGCGGACACACCCGCGCCCUGCUCAAAGACCUCGAAGCCACGCGGCCCAGCACGGUGGCUGACCUGGUGCACUCGGGCGAGCGGCUGGCGGUGCGCGAUGAUGUCCGCAUGCCCACCCAGGGCACCUGCCAGCGGUGCGGCUACCUCUCCAGCCAGCCCCUCUGCAAAGCUUGCUUGCUGCUGGAAGGGCUCAAUCGUGGACUCCCUCGGCUGGGCAUCGGCAAGACCAGCCGGCUGCAGAAAGCUUUGCUGGGCGGGGAGAAGCCAGAAACCAGCUUACAGGAAGAGGAAGGCCCUCGGCAAGCAAAGCGAGGCCCUCGGGCCAUAGACUUCUGAGCCUGUCCCUACCCAUGGUUCUCAUCAUCCCUGACAGUUAGCCAUUCUGGCUGCAGCAGUUGUCUCAACAACAACUGGAGGGUUUCAUUUAAAAUCAAAUUAUAUUCAAUAUCAGGGGUGUCCAACUCCCAAGAGACUGCGAUCUACUCACAGAAUAAA